UUCCCUCCCUUCUUCCAUUUUGCGACCGACUGCAGUGUCGAAAUGGCUCCUUCCGAGACUCUGCAAAACAGGCUCAAGGUCGAGCAUCACAAGUAUGCCACCUUUGGCCUGCGCGUCCUGCAGCGCCAUCCGGCCGUGAGUGCGUCGUUGUUCUCCAAGCUGUUCCUGUCCUGGUGCAUGCCGCUCGUGCGCCGGACGCACCAGCUCCAGAUGGACGACAUUUGGAGUCUUCAAGACAUCAACACAUGCGAAUUCAACACGGAUCGAUUUGCCGCCGAGUUUGACAAGAACCACUCGGUCGUGUGGUCGGCUCUGCGCGUGUACGGCAACUCGUUCGCGGUCACGGGUAUCUGGACAGCGUCCACCCGCCUCCUCGAGUUGGUGGGACCGAUGGUAUUGGGCCAAGUUGUGGCGUCGACAGGUGAUAUGACACACUUGUACCAGUGGCUGUUUAUCUUGCUCGUGGCCAAACUGUCCAAGGCAUUUCUAGCCUCGCACACGAUUCUCUUGGAAGAAACUAUGGGCAUUCGGUUUGUGGGGGCGCUCAAAGGGCUCUUGUUUCGGAAACUUCUCUCCAAGGGCACCAACUGCCGCCCCGACGGCGUCGUGGAGCUCGCGAAUGCGUACUCGUCCGACAUGGACGCGCUCUUGCUCGGAUGCAAAGCUUUCCACAACCUGUGGAUCAUGCCCAUCCAGAUAGCCAUCGCGUCCGCCAUGCUGUAUCGGGAGAUUGGUGCCGCGUCGUUUGCCGGCAUGGGCGUGAUCGCGCUCGUGAUGGGGUUCUCAGCGAUCGUGUCGCGCCGCCAAUCCAGUGCGUAUCGCGACGUCGCCACCGCCAGGGACGACCGCAUGCAAGUGGUCAAGGAAACGUUUGGGUCGAUUUUGAUUGUCAAAUUGCAUGCGUGGGAAGACCGAUGCCGCGAGAAGAUUCUACAGCGACGCACCACCGAGCUAGAGCACAUUUGGACGUUCAUGGUCAUUGCUGCGUCGAGCAUCUUUAGCUUCUGGGCAGGUCCGCUGUUUGUCUCGACCGCGUCGUUCGCCACGUACACCGUCGUGCUCGAGCUGCCGCUAACCGCAUCCAAAGUCUUUACGUCCAUGGCGCUGUUCCGCCUGCUUCAGAUCCCGCUCUCCGACCUGCCCAUGCACGUCACGUCCGUCCUGCAGGCGCAGGUGUCUCUCCAGCGUAUCCUGUCGUUCUUGCAACAACCAGACAAGCCCACGCGACCACAGCCCCCCAAACACCAUGAUGGACCGACCAUGGUCGUGAUUGAAAACGGCACGUUCGCAUGGGACCAAGGCGAAGGCGUGGCCCCCACGCUCAAGAAUGUGUCGCUGACCGUGUCCCGCGGCGACCUCGUGGUCGUGCACGGCAAAGUCGGCAGUGGCAAGUCGAGUUUGUGCAUGGCAAUUCUGGGCGAGAUGCACCAGACGGAGGGCACGACGGGGGUGUACGGGUCCACGGCGUACUGCUCUCAGGAGCCGUGGAUCCAGCAGAUGAGCGUCCGCGACAACAUCCUCUUUGGAUCGCCGUUCGACUCGCGCAAGUACACGCGGGUGGUGGAGGCGUGUGGGCUGCUGCCGGACUUUGGGCUCAUGGCAUUUGGGGAUCUCACCGAAGUGGGGUCGAAGGGGCGCAACUUGUCGGGCGGGCAGAAGGCGCGCAUCAGUUUGGCCCGUGCGUGCUAUUCCGACGCCGACAUUGUCAUCCUGGACGCCCCCCUCGCCGCCAUCGACGCCGUCGUGCAAAAGCAGAUCAUGACAAAGUGCGUGGAAACGCUGCUCAAGACCAGGACGGUCAUCCUCGUGACCCACAACGGCGACAUCAUCUCGUCGCCCAACGUGAAUCGGCUCGUGCGACUUGAAGAUGGAUCCAUGGAGCAUUCGCAUGUGAAACCCUCUGAGCCCGUGGUGGCCGCCAAAGUCGCCGACGUCGUCGUGAAAAUUCCUUGCGUCGUCGCCAAGCCCGUGAUGGACAACCGGUCGAUGCCGAGUCCGCUGUGGUCCCCCCGCACGAUGGAGGCCGGGGACAAGUGGAACGAGCAUUUUGAUCAUGCGAUUUCCGAAACGGUCGGGGAAGAGGAGCGUGCCGUGGGCCGCGUCGGGCUCGACGUGUACGCGUCGUACAUUGCCGCGUUCGGCGGGUGGCGCACCAUCGGGUUGCUGUUUGUGUUUCAAACUGCCACGCAGGUGCUGCAAGUGGGCUCGGACGUGUGGCUCGGCGUGUGGACGUCCAGCGACGACGCGGUCGUUCAAACCAAGUGGUACCUGGGAAUAUACACGAGUCUGUGCCUCGGCAUGAUGGUGGCGGUGCUGUGCCGGACGAUCCUCGUGGCCGUGUCGGGCGUCCGGGCGUCGCGCGUGAUGUUUGACAAGAUGAUGUCCGCCCUCAUAGGCACCCCCAUGUCCUUCUUCGAUGACACCCCCCUCGGCCGCGUCGUGAAUCGAUUUGCCGAAGACAUGUCGCUGAUCGACAUUUGGCUCCCGUUCAGCUACGCCGGGGUCGCGGGCUGGUUCUUUUCCGUUGCGUCGUCGCUGCUCACGGCUAUGUUUGUGGUGCGGUGGUGUGGCCUGCUGUUCCUGCCCAUGAUUUAUGUGUACAUUCGUGUGGCCCAGUUGUACUUGCGACCGUCUCGAGAGCUCACGCGGCUAUGGAAUGUCACCAACUCGCCCGUGCUGAGCUUCCUCGACGAAAUCGAACACGGGUUCAUGUUGGUGCGGAUCUACGGCGCCACGUACAUGGAGCGCGCCGUGAGUCGCCACGCGCACCAUGUGAAUGCCAACCACCGCGUCCGGUUCGCUCGAUGCAGCGUGAACGCGUGGUUUGAGCUGUGCAUCCAGCUGCAAGGCACGGCGAUCGUGAUGAUUGUGGCGUCGGGGCUCGUGUUUUUCCGGUCCGUGCUGUCGGCGGGGCUGGUCGGGCUCGCGUUCAACUACAUCCUCAUGGCAGACGCCAAUAUUGGGUACCUCGUGUCCAACUUUUCCUGGCUCGAGAUCAACAUGGUGGGCCCGGAACGCGUGCUGGAGUACUGCAAUUUGCCCGCGGAGGAACUGGACACGCCAAUGUCGGCUGCGCUGACGUUGACCAGCGGGGCUAUCUCGUUCAACAAAGUGCAAUUUCGGUACAAACCGUCUGGCCAAAUGAUCCUGCAAGACCUCACGUGCGACAUUGCCGGGGGGGAAAAGAUCGGGAUCGUGGGGCGGACGGGCGCCGGCAAGUCGAGUCUCACGAUGGUGCUCUUCCGCAUGUAUCCGCUAGUGUCUGGGUCCAUCCUCCUCGACGGACGAGACAUUGCGACCGUGGCCAAGCAGGACUUGAGGCGGCAUCUGUCGAUCAUUCCGCAGUCGCCCGUGAUUGCCACCGAGUUUGCCAACGCGACGGUGCUCACGAUUGCGCACCGCCUCCACACGAUCAUGCAUUCCGACCGCAUCAUGGUCAUGGACGCGGGCCGAGUCGUGGAGAUGGACACCCCCGCCGCGCUCAUCGCCAACCAAGGCGUGUUCUACCGCCUCGCCAAGGACGGCGGCGUCCUCGAGCCGUAA